UAAUUAGUAGAAGAUGGCAAAGCCCAGCCACAGCAGCUACGUCCUUCAGCAGCUAAACAACCAAAGGGAGUGGGGCUUUCUCUGUGACUGUUGCAUCGCAAUUGAUGACAUUUACUUCCAAGCACAUAAAGCAGUACUAGCCGCUUGUAGUUCCUAUUUUAGGAUGUUUUUCAUGAACCACCAACACAGCACUGCUCAGUUGAAUCUCAGCAACAUGAAAAUCAGUGCCGAGUGUUUUGAUCUCAUUUUGCAAUUUAUGUAUUUAGGGAAAAUUAUGACAGCUCCGUCCAGUUUUGAGCAGUUUAAAGUGGCAAUGAACUACCUGCAGCUGUACAAUGUUCCUGAUUGCUUAGAAGAUAUCCAGGAUGCCGAUUGUUCUAGUUCAAAAUGUUCAUCUUCUGCUUCUAGCAAACAGAACAGCAAAAUGAUAUUUGGGGUAAGAAUGUAUGAAGAUACUGGUGCUAGAAAUGGCAGCGAAGCCAACAGGUGGAGUGCAGAGCCAAGUUCCACGGUAAACACACCACAUACGAGAGAGCCUGACGAAGAAUGUUUACAAUUAAGUAAUUUUCCUGAACCGCUCUUUGAUGCCUGUAAAAAAAGUUCGGUGUCCAAGUUAUCUGCUCCAAAAGAACGUGUGUCACGACGCUUCGGACGGAGUUUUACCUGUGACAGUUGUGGUUUUGGCUUUAGCUGUGAAAAAUUAUUAGAUGAGCAUGUUCUAACAUGUACUAAUAGACAUUCGUACCAAAAUUCAAGAUCCUAUCACAGACUCGUCGAUAUCAGAGAUGGAAAAGAAAGUAGUAUCAAAGCUGAAUUCGGCGAAAAGGAGUCUUCUAAAACAUUUUCUGCACAGACAGACAAAUACAGAGGAGAUUUGAGCCAGGCUCCUGAUGAUUCCGCCUCCACCACGGGGACCAGAAAAAACACAGUAGAAUCUGACACAGCCAGUGAAGACAAAAGUAGAGCCGCUGAGAGAAAAAGAAUCAUUAUCAAGAUGGAGCCGGAAGAUAUUCCUACCACUGAACUGAAAGACUUUAACAUUAUUAAAGUCACUGAUAAAGAUUGUAACGAAUCCACUGAUAAUGACGAAUUGGAAGAUGAACCUGAAGAGCCCUUUUACAGAUACUAUGUUGAAGAAGACGUCGGCAUUAAGAAAAGUGGCAGGAAAACUCUAAAACCUCGGAUGUCAGCAAGUGCUGAUGAUAGAAGUGCUUUAGAAACUAUGAGGCCCCCUACCAGCAGUCCAGUACACGAGGAUACUGAAAAUGCAUCUUGUGAGUUGUGUGGGCUCACCAUUACUGAGGAGGACCUCUCGUCUCAUUAUUUAGCGAAACACAUCGAGAACAUCUGUGCGUGUGGCAAGUGUGGACAAAUACUCGUGAAGGGCCGACAGCUUCAAGAACAUGCUCAAAGAUGUGGAGAGCCUCAAGACCUCACAGUGAACGGGUUAGGAAACGCCGAGGAGAAAAUGGAUCUGGAAGAGAAUCCUGACGAGCAGUCUGAAAUAAGAGAUAUGUUUGUAGAAAUGUUGGACGAUUUCAGGGACAAUCAUUUCCAGAUGAACAGUAUGCAAAAGAAGCAGUUGUUCAAACAUUCCGCCUGUCCUUUUCGAUGUCCUAAUUGUGGCCAGCGAUUUGAAACGGAAAACCUCGUGGUGGAACAUGUGUCCAGCUGCCUAGAGCAAGAUAUGUUUAAAAGUGCCAUCCUGGAAGACAACGAGAGAGAUCACAGGCGAAAGCAUUUCUGUAAUCUGUGUGGAAAAGGCUUUUAUCAGCGGUGUCACUUAAGAGAACAUUACACUGUUCAUACUAAGGAGAAACAGUUUGUGUGUCAGACAUGUGGGAAGCAGUUUUUAAGAGAACGCCAGUUGCGACUGCACAAUGAUAUGCACAAAGGCAUGGCCAGGUAUGUCUGUUCCAUUUGUGAUCAAGGCAACUUCAGAAAACAUGACCAUGUACGGCAUAUGAUUUCUCACUUAUCUGCGGGUGAAACAAUAUGCCAGUGGUGAAAUAGGGCCUUCUAAACCUCUGAAGAAGUGAGAUCUGAAUUUGGAGAGGACCAGGGGAAGAAUCAACAACAGAUUAUCUUUAAGUCCAGACGCAGAAAAAUCAGAUCUGACGUGGCACCAUCUUGUCUGUCUUCCUGACAAACCUCAGCAACCCCAAAGGUUCCAGUUACAAGGAUCCAAGAAAACUCAGUAAUGAUCAUUUUGGAAUCACUUUGCGUGACAAAACUGAUUUAUGGUGACUCUUCUAAUAUUUAUGGAAAAUCAGCUAAAGAAAAGAAACUCAAAUAUUCAGAUAACACCAUAAGGUUUAAGCUACACUAAAGUAAUACUGCAUAUGCUGAU